AUGAGUUCUAUCACUGUUGGAAUUGCCGGUAUCACGGGCAAAUUUGCCCGUUGUGUCGUUGGCCACUUGUUGAAGAAUCCCGCAGUCACUAUCAAGGGCUAUUGUCGCGACCCAACAAAGCUUCCAGCCUCCCUCCUUGCUUCGAAGAGAAUCUCAGUCACCCAAGGCCAAUCCGAAGAACGGAAUGCUCUGCGUGCUUUUGCUAAAGGCUGCGAUGUGGUAAUCUGCUGCUAUCUAGGUGACCAUAACCUUAUGAUCAACGGUCAAAAGUCGUUGAUCGAUGCAUGUGACGCGGAGACGGUCCCCCGGUACGUGGCUAGUGACUACAGCCUAGAUUUCACCAAGCUGGAGCUUGGACAGCUUCCCGCCAAAGACCCUAUGAAACACGUUCAAGAAUAUUUGGGAACCAAGAAUGUUCAAGGAGUUCAUGUCUUGAUCGGUAUUUUCAUGGAAACUUUCUUCACCACCUUCCUAAAUAUUUGGAAUGCCAAGGAUGUUUCCUUUUCCUAUUGGGGCUCUGGUGAGGAAAUGUGGGAGUCUACCAGUUAUGACAAUGCGGCCCAAUUCGUCGCAGCGGUCGCCCAGGAUUCGACUGCGGUUGGCGUGCAGAGAUUCCUUGGUGAUCGCAAAAGUAUUCAACAAAUUGCUGCCGCAUUUGAACAGCAGUAUAACGUGAAGCCCCGGUUGAACAGACUCGGGUCUCUGGAAGAGCUCUAUACCCACAUGCAUCAGGUCAAAGAUAGCGAGCCAAGCAAAUUCAUGGCAUGGAUUCCUCUGUGA